AUGAUGUGGGUUUCCAUCAUGACUGCUGCUUUCCUGUGGGGCCUGCUAGGAACCCAGAAGCAUCGGAAGCCAAUUGUAGCCAGGCUCUGCUGGUGUUUUUCUGGUGGUGACAAUGGCGGUUUAAAGGACAAGGGGGUCACCACGGCCGGGUGUUCCCCGAGGGUCUCAGGCCCCCGAGACUGGGCUCUCCCCAGGAGCCCCUUCCACGACCGGCGCGGCCACCGCCUUGCUCGUCGGUACCGCGGCGCGGAGCCGCCAGCCCCCCAGCCCCUCCGCGCUGGCUCAGCGGCACCGCCCGGGGGGCGGGAACGGGGGUGUCUGAGCCUCCCGCUCCCCGCCCCGGCCCCACCUCCGCCGGGCAGGCAGCACCGCCCGCCGCCCGCCGAGGCAGGGGCGCAGCUAGCAGCGUCCCGCACCGGCCACCGCCGAGCGCUGGGGGACCGCAGGCGCAGAGGAAAUGUGUAUUUUUGUGUUGAACAAGGCUGUAAAGUCCUUGGAACGAGAGCUGGCGGCGUUGGUGCGGUGCCCAGGGCUCGGCACUGCGCAAGGCCGAUGGGCGCUCAGCAGAGGCCUUCUCGCUCCUCGCUCGCGCGCGCUGACACGCGCAGCUGCCUGCCUCAGCCGCGCCUCUGGCCCCUGACGCGGCUGGCCGGCGCGCGGCGAGAGACGGACCGAAACGGCGAACGAGCGGCGACGCGGGCGCGAGAGAGCAAGAGCAGCGCACGCGCGCGAGGCGCCGGCUGCGCGCAGAGGCGGAAACAGGAGGGGAGCGCGAGAGCAGGGACGGCAGGGCAGCGCGAGAGCACCAGCGAGCGACGCCGCCGAGCGCGACGGAAGCGUAGCGCGAGAGACAAAGAAGAGACGGCGAGACCAAGCAGGGCGAGUGCCACGCGAGCACGCGCCGCACCAGCAGCUGAGGAGCGCAGCGCGCUGCAGAAGGAGGAGACGGGGACCCAACGCUACGACGGCCGGCGCGACCAGCGCGCCGCGCGGCGAGCCGGAGCGCCGGCAGCCCCCGCCCGACCGCGGCGCGCAGCAGCGAGAAGCGACAUCGCCGCCUCGAGGCGCCGCGCUAAACGGGCCGCCGGCGACGGUCCGCCGCCCGGGCGCAGCCGCCACCCCGACGACGCGCGCCCCCCGAGCGCGACCGUGCGCGCUGACGACGCGCUCCCCCGAUCAGAAUCGCCGCAGAGAUGUAGCUCGCUCCGCGCGCGCGAGGCAGCCGCCGCAGAGACGGGGGAUGCGGGGCAGCGCAGCCGCGCACGACAGACGAGCGCCCGCCCGCUCCACAGCGCGCGCGAGCGCGGAGCGCGCACCAGCGCUGAGCAUCGAGCGGGCCGCGCAUCCCGCGGCCGGCGAGCCCGCGCGGGGCCUCGCGCUCUCCCGCUCGCGCAGAGCGCUCCACUCUCAGUACCGCGCGCGCGCGCGCCCGGCGCAGCGCCCGCCCGCUGGCAAGCGCCUCGGGUGUCGCAGGUCCGGCGGCGCGGCAGGCGAUCGCAUUGGCGCCCUCGCGCCCGCGCGCCGGCGCUGCUCCUCCGCGAAGGAGGGAAAGCGGCGCGCGGCGCGGCCCGCACGACGCGCACUCAGAAGAAUGCGUGCGCGAGCGCCCGGACGCGCGCGCGCGCCGCGCGGCGCGCGCGGGCGUUCGGGCCGCGCGGCCAUCGCGCCGCCGAGCGCGCUAGCUCGCGCGCAUUCGCCUGUCAGACAGGCGCGCUCGGAGCGCUCGCCGCCCGCCGAAGCGCCUCGUCUCGCUCCCGCUGCGCCUCGCCUUCUAUUCGACGCUCGGAGGCCCAGCCUGUGUCUGCGUUGCCGCGGCCGCGCCCGUCGCUAGCCUCGCGGCUGCUCCGCGAGAGCAGGCCGAAGGGCGGGGCGGAGCGACCGAGCCGACACGCGAGCUCGCUGCCGCGAGCGCCCCGGUCGCAUCGUGCGCGAGCCUCGCGAGCGCAUGACGGCGCGGCGCUCGCGCCGUCGCCGCGCCGCUCCGUGCCGCGCUCCGCGCUCGCUGCGCUCCUCUCACGGUCUGACGACCUCGAGUCCUCUCCCUAUUGGCUUGCUCUCUGCCGCGCGGGCCCGCCGCUGGUGCUUGCGCCGCUGCUCGCCUCGCGGGCUCAUCGGGACGCACGGCUCGGCAGGGGCGCGCAGCCCCAGAGCAUGAACGCCGAGGCGCGCGCGCGCGCGAGCGGAGCCGCGCGCUCGGAGGACAGGCAGCGCGCGGGCCACGCUCAGCGGACGCUCGGCCGACCGCCGCCGCAGACAGCACACGAGCGCGAGAAAGAGCGAGCGACGGAGCCGCGCCCGCGUAACAGGCCAGGGCGCGAAAAGAGCAGAGGAGCAGCCGCAAGCGAGGGACGCAGGCAAGAGCAGCGCAGAGAGAGAGACAAGAGCGAGAGGACCGAGACGGACGGCGAGAGGCAGAGACGCAGAGCCCGAAGGCGACGAGGCGAAAGGAGAGCGCAGAGAGAGCGAGGACAAAGGAAGCAGCGCGCGAGACGUCAGCGGUCGCGGCACGAGAGAGAGACAGGUCACGCAAAGGGGGGCCGACCUGCCACCCGACGGACGCCGGGGCCCGCGAGGAGCCGAGCCGAGAGAGAGGAGGACCCGAGCAUGGACACCCAGCGAGAGCCCCCAGCGCGCGGACCGCGCGAAUCUCCGCACGCGGCGCGCUCGCGGGCGCGCGGCGCGCCACGAGACGCGAGCCGCUGCGGCGGCCCUCUGCUCCUCUGCGGCUAG